AUGGCAACGGUACAAAACCCAACAGGUUAUGGGCCCAGAAGAGGCUUGAUUUUUGAUGGAGACGAGAACAAGUAUGAAUUAUGGGAGGUGAAGUUUUUGGGAUAUAUGCGACUCCAAAAACUUUGCAAUAUAUUCAUUCCUAGCAGUAGCGAAAGAGAGCUAGAUGAGGCAAAGAACGCAGAUGCCUUUGCCGAAUUAGUGCAAUGUCUAGAUGACAGGAGCUUGGCCCUGGUCAUACGAGAGGCGAAAGACAAUGGAAGAAAAGCCCUGACGGUUCUGAGAGAACAUUAUCAAGGCAAGGGAAAGCCCAGAAUAAUCUCGCUGUACACAGAGUUAACGUCGUUGAAGAAGACAGAAAAUGAGACAAUUACGGACUACAUCAUACGGGCAGAAACUGCCACGACCGCAUUGAAGGCUGCCGAGGAAGUAAUCAGUGAUGGACUUCUGAUUUCCAUGGUACUCAAGGGUCUACCAAACGCUUAUAAAACAUUUUCUACGGUGGUUAUUCAACGAGAAAACCAGAUGAAUUUUGGCGACUUCAAAAUCACAUUGCGUAACCACGAAGAAAACGAGAAGUGCUGCAGACCGGCGGAGAAUGGCGACAACGUAAUGUACGUGAAGAAGAAAUUUGAAGGAAAGUGUUUUAAGUGUGACAAGAAAGGACAUAAAAGUUCCGAUUGCUGGAUGAAAGCAGAAAAAUGGUGCAAGAAGUGCAAGAGCAAGACACACAAUACCAAGGAUUGCAGAGCAAGAAGAGACGGUGUAAAGAUGGCCGCUGAAGAACGCUAA